AUGUCUGACUUUUUACUAGGCACACAGGCCCAAGCACAAAUAGAGGAAUGGGAAUCAAACGAUGGAGAGCGCAAAAAACUCAAUAGUUUGAAGCAGAAGUUUUCUCUGGCUCCAAGCGUGCCAGUCAAAGCAAAACAUAAGGCUGCUUUGACAAGGAGACCCAAGAUCAAGAGUUUAGGAGAUCAAAUGUCAAAGAAAUAUGGUAAGAAGAAUGAUAAUGUUGCUGUUCUUUUAGCAUUAUCAGGGAAGAAACGAAAGGUCAAAGACAUCAUAAGAAGUAUAGCCAGGAUCGAGGAAAAAUCUACUGAAAAAGCCCAAGACUUGGAUGAAAUCAACCUAUUAUAUUCCAAGGAUGAGUGGGUCGAAGUGCGAGACGAAAUCACCAGAAAUCUGCCCAAGUUGUCCAAGAGCGCAAAGAUGACACUUGAUCUCAUUUCUGAGAAGUACGACAAACAACGUGAAAAUAAACAGUUGUGGCAAGAAUCUUCAACCCCGCCUCUAGUGUUUAGUAAGGACGAGAUCCAGAACCUGUACGACUUCGAGAAAGAUGAGAAGAGUUUCAUAAGUUCAGAGUCCGAUUCAGAAGAUCUUGUCGUGACCUUGUCUCAAGUCAUGCAUCGAGAAGCUUCUGAAAUCACAGGCUCCGAAAAGUCUGUUCCUUGUACCCCAGAAGAGGACUACAAAGAUUCUGAACUUUCAUGGAUAACUUACGAAACGUGCGCAAUACAAUCAAGGCAAUUGGAGGGACAACGGAAACAGGUGUACAAAGUAUCAGAUGAUAGUAAUUUGGAGGUGGCAGGAACGCAGCAAGAUCCAAUCGAUUUAUCUAGUCAAGCUGGAGGCGAUAUACAGGUAUUGGAUAGCGUCUAUCUGAAGAGUUUCGAGGACCCCAAGACAACAGGUGGAGAAGUCGAGGUUGUGACAUCUUCUCCUAUACAGGCAGAUGAAGCUGUUGUUAUAGAGAGUUCGUCUCCAAUCAACCGAGAACAAUCAAUGACCAAUAAAACAACGGAGGAAGUUAGUGAAGAGGUAUUCUCCAUGAGUGCCAAAUCGGAAACGCCAUCGCUUCACGGGAAAAGUGGUCACGUUAGCGAAGACGAGUUUUUCAGUUGCACCGAAUUUUUCGCCGAUAAGCUCAAGGAAAUAGAUACGCUAUCUAAGGUCGAGAAAGUUGUCCCUGACUCGCAGCCGGAUUACGAUGAAUUGACAAUCGAUUUUGAAAAAUUCAGUACCCAGCAGUUGAAGAAGCAAAUAACUGAAUGGGGCCUGAAACCUGUGCGAUCUCGGACCCAGAUGGUUCAGUUAUUAAACUCGACGCUGAAGCUGAUUGAUCGAAGCCAACUAAAGACUGUUGAACGCACCGAAGCACAAGGAGAAGGACUGUUACGGUUCAGUCAAGCCGAACUUAAUAAAGGAUACGAUGACCAUCAGAUGACACAGAGUACAAUACAAACAGUGCGAAGCAGUAUGUUUUUGAAUAUUCGGACUAUUUUACAGAACGAGCCAAAACUGCAUAGAGAUAUAUUGCUGCUGCGUCCUAUCAAUUUCAAUGAAGUAACUGCAGUUCUGGAGAAAAACGGUCUUCAGAUGGAUGCGUACACCGUACGCGAUUUUCUGGAUGAGAUGGGAAUAUGUUUCACUGUGAAGGAGGAUGAGAUCGAGGUCGAUAAUGAUGAGAUCUAA